GGAGCCACCACCCCGCGUCCGAAAAUGUGGGCGUGGCUUCCCUCCCGGGUUGUCCCCCAGAAAGUCGGUGGUGGUCUGCGGGCCGUCCCGGCGCCCCAGCUCCCGAGCAGGCCACUGCGUCGGACUCUAGUGGUGGUGGUGCUGCCAUUAGUUUUGAGGACGGUGCCUUUGCCCUAUGUCUGGAGUUGGUUAGCCUUCGCUUUCAUUUCCAAGUUAAGACAUUAAAGCUGACAAGGAAGCUUUGCCCGAAGUUUUUACAUACAAAUUCUACUAGUCACACUUGGCCGUUCAGUGCAGUUGCUGAAUUAAUAGAUAAUGCUUAUGAUCCUGAUGUGAAUGCUAAGCAGAUAUGGAUUGACAAAACAGUGAUAAACAAACAGACGUGCUUGACAUUCACUGACAACGGGAAUGGAAUGACUGCAGAUAAAUUACAUAAAAUGCUAAGCUUUGGCUUCAGUGACAAAGUCACCAUGAGUGGUCACGUCCCGGUUGGGUUGUACGGCAAUGGCUUCAAGUCUGGUUCGAUGCGUUUGGGUAAAGAUGCGAUUGUUUUUACCAAAAAUGGAGAAAGCAUGAGUGUGGGCUUCUUGUCUCAGACAUACUUGGAAGUUAUAAAAGCAGAGCAUGUUAUUGUCCCAAUAGUGGCGUUCAACAAGCACCGACAGAUGAUUAAUUUAGCAGAAUCAAAAGCAAGCCUUGCUGCCAUUCUGGAACAUUCUCUAUUUUCUACGGAACAGAAAUUACUGGCAGAACUUGAUGCUAUCAUGGGUAAGAAGGGGACAAGGAUCAUCAUUUGGAAUCUUAGAAGCUACAAAAAUGCCACAGAGUUUGAUUUUGAUAAAGAUAAAUAUGACAUCAGAAUUCCUGAAGAUUUAGAUGAGACAACAGGGAAGAAAGGCUACAAGAAGCAGGAAAGGAUAGACCAAGUUGCCCCUGAGAGUGACUAUUCCCUGAGGGCUUACUGCAGUAUAUUAUACCUAAAGCCAAGAAUGCAGAUCAUCUUACGUGGACAAAAAGUGAAAACACAGCUAGUUUCGAAGAGUCUUGCCUACAUUGAACGUGAUGUUUAUCGACCAAAAUUUUUAACUAAAACGGUGAGAAUUACUUUUGGAUUCAACUGCAGAAAUAAAGAUCAUUAUGGGAUAAUGAUGUAUCACAAAAAUAGACUCAUCAAAGCUUAUGAAAAAGUUGGAUGUCAGUUAAGGGCGAACAACAUGGGCGUGGGAGUAGUCGGAAUUAUAGAGUGUAAUUUCCUAGACCCGACUCACAAUAAACAGGAUUUCGACUACACUAAUGAGUACAGGCUUACAAUAGCAGCACUAGGAGAAAAGCUGAAUGAUUACUGGAAUGAAAUGAAAGUGAAGAAAAAUUCAGAAUAUCCUCUAAAUCUGCCAGUUGAAGAUAUACAGAAACGUCCUGAUCAGACAUGGGUUCAGUGUGAUUCCUGUCUAAAGUGGCGAAAACUACCAGACGGGAUAGAUCAGCUUCCAGAAAAAUGGUACUGCUUCAAUAACCCUGACCCACAGUUCAGAAAUUGUGAUGUUCCGGAAGAACCUGAAGAUGAAGAUUUGGUGCAUCCCACUUACGAGAAAACCUACAAGAAGAAAGACAAGGAAAAAUUAAGGACCAGACACCAGGAAAUCAGCCCACGGAUUAAUGCUGACCAGUUUCGAACAACCCCCGUGUCGAGUCAAAGCUUUUCGCCUGUGAAGGAAAGUGUUCCAAGAGGACACCCUUCGGAAACAGCAAGUACUUACACAACGAGGCUUAUAAAUAAUCGAGUUUCCUCCCAGUCUGAACCUGAGAGCAACAGCCUAAAACGGAGACUUCCUAUUCGUUCCUCAAUUUUGAAUGCAAAGAAUCGGAGAUUGAGUAAUCAAGCAUUUGAAAAUUCAACAUAUAAAGAAGAUGAUGAUGAUGAUGAAGACGUCAUCAUCUUAGAAGAAAACAGUACUCCGAAGCCUGCGGGCGAGCACGAUGUUGAGGUGAAAGCGGAGCAGGGCCACGUGGAGCAGGGCGGCACUGUGGUCGGGCCGUGCAGUGGCGACGAACCUCGGAGCCAGACAAGCGUGGCGGGCGCCUCAGCCUCCAGGUGUGACCAGGGGAUGUCUGCAGCCACCCAGACAGAAGCACCAAGUUUAGUUGUUAAAAAGGAAGAGACUAUUGAAGAUGAGAUAGACGCGAGGAAUCAUGUGUCUGUCCUGCCAGCCUGUGGAGAGGCUGAGGUGAAGACACUCGAGACCCAGGAAACCUUUGAUAAAUCUGUGGGUGAUUGCCAGUUAAAUGACCUGAGGAGUGAGCUCCUUGUAGUUACCCAAGAAAAAGAGAAUUAUAAAAGACAGUGCCAUGUGUUUACUGACCAGAUCAAAGUGUUACAGCAGAGACUCGCGGACAUGAACGACAAAUGCGUGAAGAAGGAAACUUGCCAUCAGUCUACUGAAACCGAUGCCGUGUUUUCACUGGAAAGUAUUAAUGGCAAGUCUGAAAGUGCAGACCAGGUGCUGUUGCAGUAUCAGCAAGCUUUGGAAGAAAUCGAGAAGCUGAAAAAGCAAUGCAGUGCUUUGCAGCACGUGAAGGCUGAAUGCAGUCAGUGUUCCAGCAGCGAGAGUAAGAGUGAGAUGGACGAGAUGGUCGUGCAGCUGGAUGACGUGUUUAGACAGCUGGACAAAUGCACUGUUGAGCGGGACCAGUAUAAACAUGAGGUUGAGUUAUUGGAGAUGGAAAAAUCACAAAUCCGUUCAAAGUGUGAGGAACUGAAAACUGAAAUCGAACAAUUGAAAUCGACAAGUCAGCAGUUAGGACCAGAUGUCUCAACUUCAAGCACCGUGGAGGAGUCUGUAAACUUUGCUGACGGGGAGAGCCUUAAACUUCGAUCCCUUCGAGUUAACGUGGGACAGCUGCUGGCCAUGAUUGUACCUGACCUCGACCUUCAGCAAGUGAAUUAUGAUGUUGAUGUAGUUGAUGAGAUCUUGGGGCAGGUUGUUGAACAAAUGAGUGAAAUCAGUAGUACUUAAAGUCUGUCUGAUGUGAGAUAAUAAAAAUGUAUUCACUCAGCCCUUUUGGUUGUACAACUUUCAGGAUGUGCAGUGCUGCCUGGAGCCCGGCUGAGCGGGGAGCCCGGCCGCCGCUGCCGUCGCACCCUCGGGAAGAGCUGCGGUCUGGCUUCAGCAGCUGCACAGCUAACUCCCCGUUGCUCUCCCAUGUAAAUACUUGUAAUUAAUUCUGCACAUAUUUUUUUAUUACCCCGGAGGACUUAUGUUUUUCACCAAGAGCUUUUCAGGAGCCCUGACCUUUGUGCAAUCUUUUCUGGUUCCCCAAAAUGUAUUUUUCUCAAACUUGAGGACUGUGCCAUAAAUACAAAUGGAAACGUUACCUUUGAUUUUCUUACUGAGAAGCUUAAACAGGAUUUUUAAAAUUAUAAUGACUCCUGAUAAGUUGUAACUCAAUUGAGCUUUAGUGUUUGUUUUCUAUAAAUCCUAUCUCUGAAAUAUUUUAUUCAUAAAAAUAAGGUAUUAUGGAAUUGACCAUUCAUUUGCCGGGAUUUUUCUUGUGCUGAGAUUGCCAAUCAUGGUUAAACACAGAGUGUUUUUAUAGAACAAAGAAUGAAUCUUUAGUAUUAAAAAAGUAUGAAAAAUAUUAAAUGUCCCACACCUGCUUGGAGACACAGUUUGGCUGCUUAGUCAGCAUGGCGUGGGCGCAGUGACCGCUGGAGAUUUCCUUCUGUGAAGUUUCCUGUACAGCCUUGGUAGGAUUACUGCAGGUAAUGUGCACUGAGGAAGACAAUCUUUCUCUAACAAUAAUGCAUACUUUUUACUACAGUGCAGACCUGAGUGUUUUACAUCCUGGAGGUGAGCCGCAAACUGCCCAGGGCUACAGUGUUACCUGCCAUAAAAAGUAUGCUUUAUUGGCCAUGUUGUGUGCAAUUUAAAGAGAUGGCUUUUAUUAAGUAUAACUAUGUGUAUAUAAUUAAGAAUCGUAUUUUCCAUAACUAAAAUGUUUAUUAUUUUUUCAAAGUUUUAUCAUUGCUAUUUAUUUUUACUUUUGUUUCUGAACAUUCGGUACGUGUUCCUUUUGUAUGUACGGUUAAUUACAUGUCUGUCAUAUGUUUAAAAUUUUUACUGUACAUUAACUUCUAGAGAAAGCAAAUAAAUGAAGAUUGUUUUUA